UCGCGAUAUGUACCCAUUCUCCGUGAAUGUCCCAAUCUGCAGCGUUUUCUCCUCUUUGUGGUCUCUACUGACGUGCCAACGCUAUGUGCAGCUCCGGCCAGCCCUCAUCCUAUGCACCAAAUCUUUGGUCUCAACUUCGAGGCCACCGAAAAUGGCGUGCUGAAGAGCGGUCCAGUUGUGGUGCCGGAGUCUUGGCGUUCUCUCUGUUCUUCCUUUUACUUCAUACCGCCACAGUACAAAAUGAGUAAUUACAAGCCGCCCUCUUCACUCUACUAUCAUCAGACGGCAUCUCUGGCCUUUGUUACCCCCAGCGACGCAUUGGCACGCUUACCGGCAUUUGACGAGGGACCAACUACCGGCUCGCCGAUGUCAGCCAGUCCUGUUGUAACCGGUAUGGAGUCGGCAGCGGCGGCGGAGGAGGCGGUAUCGUUGGGCCCAACGGAGUCGCAGAAGGCCUGUGCCCACCUCCUCCAACGCCUCGCAGUGGAGAUAAUCGAGGCUGUGCUUGCUUAUGAGGCGGAACAUCACUCCUAA